AAAGAGCCAGUCAGGAGAAACGUUUGCCUGUAAAUCUGACAAACAGAUUGGGUUGUCCGGCCAUUCGAUAAGUAAACAAAUCGGGGGGUCGUAGUUUUUAUUGAAAUGGUUGAAGAGGUGCAACGGCAUAGCGUACACACGCUAGUAUUUCGCUCAUUGAAGCGAACCCACGACAUGUUCGUAUCAAAUCAGGCAAAUCUUCCUGAAGUCGAUGAAAAUUUGGAACGCAUCCGAAAAGCAAUAAAAGCCCGCGAUAGCUAUGGAUUAGUAUUCGAUCGUACGGCAAGAGCGAAAGAAAUGAAGGCGCUAAGAAUCGAGCAUUCUGAUCCUAUUCUAGCUAUCACAAAUACGCCCGCGAAUGUCUUGCCCAGCGAAAGUUCGUCCGCUCUGGUUCCGGUAGGCACUGUCGCAAGUACAACCGGAACAUCUAAGCAAUUUGUCGCACCGGCCGCUCCGAAUGCUGCUCCUAGUAAUGUACAAUUGAUCCCCAAGAAGGCGCCGACGAUACCCAAACCAAAGUGGCAUCCUCCGUGGAAGUUGUAUCGAGUAAUUUCAGGUCAUCUGGGUUGGGUCCGUUGUGUUGCCAUUGAACCAGGAAACGAAUGGUUUGCUACUGGAGCCGCAGAUCGUGUCAUCAAAAUUUGGGACUUAGCCAGCGGAAAAUUACGGUUAUCAUUAACAGGACAUGUGAGCACUGUGCGUGGUUUGGCAGUUAGCGCAAAGCAUCCAUACCUCUUCAGUUGCGGGGAAGACCGGCAAGUGAAAUGCUGGGAUCUGGAGUAUAACAAAGUAAUAAGACAUUACCAUGGUCACCUCUCAGCAGUGUAUUCUCUGGCUCUGCAUCCGACAAUCGACGUACUAGCAACCGCGGGCCGUGAUUCUACGGCACGAAUUUGGGACAUGCGAACCAAAGCAAACAUUCACACAUUGACAGGCCACACAAAUACAGUGGCUAGCGUCGUCGCUCAAGCCUCCAACCCGCAGAUUAUCACUGGGAGCCACGAUUCGACAAUCAGACUAUGGGAUCUUGCGGCGGGGAAAAGCGUGUGUACGCUCACCAAUCAUAAAAAGAGUGUCCGCAGCAUAGUUCUCCAUCCGACCUUGUACAUGUUUGCGUCAGCGUCACCAGACAAUAUAAAACAGUGGCGAUGCCCCGAGGGGAACUUCAUUCAAAACAUUUCUGGUCACAAUGCCAUCGUAAAUUGCAUGGCAGUGAAUGCUGAUGGAGUUCUUAUUUCUGGCGGCGAUAAUGGUUCAAUGAUGUUCUGGGAUUGGCGAACGGGCUAUAACUUCCAAAGGUUCCAAGCUCCAGUACAGCCCGGCUCGAUGGAUAGUGAGGCUGGCAUUUUCGCCAUGGCCUUUGAUCAGUCUGGAUCUCGUUUAAUAACCGCCGAAGCAGAUAAGACUAUUAAAAUUUAUAAAGAGGACGACGAAGCUUCGGAAGAGUCACAUCCUGUCAACUGGCGACCAGAAAUUAUUAAGAGGAGGAAAUUUUAAGGAGAGUUUCUGUUUUAAUGUAAGACUAUGGAUCCAUAACAAUAAAUUUGGUUUUUUAUAAUUUA